AUGGCUUCCAUGGCGUCACCGACCACUUACUUGUUGUACCACCACAAAUGCCGGAGAAAAAUUGGUUCCUAUGUCUAUCAUAUCAGUGCCUCGAUUCCAGAGACUUCAGAUGACAAACAUUCCAAGCUAAUUGGUCGAAGAGAGAUCAUACUUAGGAGCAGUGAAUUAGCUAUGAUCGGAGCUAUAUUCCAGCUUGGUGGGAAAAAGCCAGAUUAUCUCGGAGUACAAAAGAACGAGAGAUUGGCUCUGUGUCUUGCCACUAACAACUGUAUCUCCACGUCUGAAAAUAUCAGUGAUCGAGUGCAUUAUGCUCCUCCAUGGAACUAUAAUGAAGGAAGGAAAACACCUGUAAGCAGAGAAGUUGCAAUGAAAGAGCUUCUUAAUGUGAUCAGCGACAAGAGCUGGAGAAGAGGGGAUGGGUAUCGGAGAACAGCUUCUGAUUAA